CACGGUCUCCAGCGCCAGCUACGCCGCUGCCGCUGUCACUAUGGCCCAUUACAAAGCCGCCGACUCGAAGCGCGAGCAGUUCCGGAGGUACUUGGAGAAGUCGGGGGUGCUGGACACGCUGACCAAGGUUUUGGUAGCCUUAUAUGAAGAACCAGAGAAACCUAAGAGUGCUUUGGAUUUUUUAAAGCAUCACUUAGGAGCUGCUACCCCAGAAAAUCCAGAAAUAGAGCUGCUUUGCCUAGAAUUGGCAGAAAUGAAAGAGAAAUAUGAAGCUAUUGUAGAAGAAAAUAAACUGAAAACAAAGCUUGCUCAGUAUGAACCACCUCAGGAGGAGAAGCGUGCUGAAUAGGAUUCUUCUCAGUUGAAAAGACACUGAAAAAUGGUUUUGUAUGACUUGAAUAGUUUGUAUAGUAUAUAAUCUUUUCCGAACAGAUGCUAUAGCACUCUUUUAAUAUGUUAAAUUCACCUAUCACACUUUAACUGUUAUAAACACAUAUACUUAGAAUCACCAAUAAAAACUCAAUAUGACUUUCUUUGGGUCUUAAAAGCAGGAGAAUCAAAAGGGAAUCCUGAAAAAAAAUCUAAACACAGCUAUCUAAUUCAUUACCUUAAAAGACAUUCUGUUUAUUAGCCUGACUAGGAAUGAUGGUACUGGUUGUAUUUUAGCCGAGGAAGUUUAGCAUGGAGCUAUUCCUUGGUUUAGUUCAGGAUAUGAACACAGGUACAGUCAUUCUUUAAAAUGAAGAUGACAGUGUUGUUUAUAUUCUCUGUAGGCAGCUGGAGAGAUCUGUGUGACAUUAAGAUACUGUUGCAUGGGGUCUCAUGAAUCUUCUGCUCUUGUUUAUAUAAUGCGGAACAAAUGACUCUUCUUUGCCACCACUUUGCCUUAGAUAACUGUGUGUGUGCCAGUGUGAA